UGCAUAUUAGCUAUAGAAUUUGCUUAAGACCAUGCCUCAAGGUUUUGUUUGUGUGCUUAGUGUGAUUAAAUAACUGCAUUCUCUUCUUGUCAUGCGGCGCCCCCAAACUUAUUAGAUGCUUGUGUAAUGUGGUGGUGGAUUAGCAUGGACAAAAUCUCUCUUUAGGACUACUUGUUCAACUAACUUCACAGAGGCCCUGCAAAUCCCUCUGAGUAAUCUGAGGGCUAAAAUAAUUCUUUUCAAUGGCAGGAACGUGGUUGUUUUUGUUAUUCGCUUCCUUUGCCCAGCAUUUUUCGAUUACGCCAAAGUUUGAGGAUGAAGGGGAAGCAUCCUGACUUUAGCAAUCUGUUAGUGUCCCAACUGCUUCCUCUUCAUUACUUCUAAUCCGCUGUUAUGUCAGAGAGGAGAGGGAUCCCACGCCACAACAACCUCUGGAAUUAAACAAGUCUUUGCAUCCUCUUCAGCUUAAUGAUCCAGAUCAUCUUGCAAAAAUUGAUAAAUAACUUGGCCUGUGUUGUCAGGGGCAGUUUCAUGUCAUUUAUUGAUUCCAAGAGUGAGCGAGUCAGGGGACUGUUUGGCCUAAAUGGAUUUUUUUGAUGUGUUAGAAGCGCCAAAGUGAUGAUAUCUAUCCAGAAAUUUGACUAAUAAAAUCUGUUCAUUAACUCAAAUUCCAAAAUGUUUCAUAUACUGUUAUAACUGCAGGCAAUUUCAAAUAAACCGCGUUAAAAACUACAGAUUUGGAAACAUAUUGAUUUCCUGUUAUACCAGAGGAAAAAAUCGCAUCAAGUUAAUUGUGGAGCUGUCUGGCUGAAAGUGCAGAUAACAGCAGAAACAAAGAAAAAUCAAUAUUGCAGACUAUUUGUGUAUUCACCCAGAUGUCUUUCAUAGGCUACAUGGCUGGAAGAACAAAAGUAACCACCUAUACAUGUCAGAUAAUUGACAUUUGAGACUAUACUGACUGACAGAAAGGAAAAAAACAGAAUGGCGUUGUGCUUUUGACAUAUUUUAGUUUAGCUCAAGGACAGAUGGGGUUAUGGGAGGCAUCUAUAGGACUAAACAGUAUUUAUGACCAUGAGUAUCGACUGCAGGGAGGCACAGAUAGGUGUGUGGGGCGGCUUUAGCUGAAGAAUGUGUUUUUCACAACUUGUCAUAGUCCAAACAUGUUUAUUGGCUGUGCAGACAAAUGUCCACAGCAUAUGAAGACAUUUAGUUUUCUCUUGGAAAUGGGAGAAGGACAUCGUUUCACAAUCCCUUGAGGAUGGUUCAUAUUUUUGGGCUGAUUGUCUAUUAAACAAGUAUUAAAAGUGGUCCACAGCAGAGUGGCGCUGUGAGAGGAGAUGAGGGGAACAUGAGGUGGAUGUGGAUCAUCGCUUCAGGAAGUUCUUGAAAAUUAUGAAAUGACAUCACCAAUUUUUUCAUGGCUUUGUUUGUCGGUGCGUGUCCUGGCCACGCCUCCCUGCCAGCCGCGCCAUAAAGCAGCCAGGCUGUGUGUCUGCGCACCAGUUGAACUCAGUGCGGACAACAGGUGCACUGCAUCCCUCCUCUCUCCACGUCGCUGCUGGAUAAUGCCCGCAGAGCGCCGCGCGUCGCCUUGCGCAGGGUUUCCUCUUCUGCACUUGCACGUUUUUAUAUCCUGAUCACUUCCAGCCACAGAGAUGCCUUUUCCACCCAUCAGCCUCCACCAGCGGAUCUCCUCGCCUGGCAGGGAACUGUUUGGGAAAAAGAAAGCCAACGGAGUGCCUCCUCAGACUGAACAAACCAGCAAAUCUGCCAGAGAGAAAGGGGGGUCCGAUAAGGACAAGCAGUCCACUUCUUGGGCGUCUGCGAAUUUACGGAAUUUAGGGCGAAAAGCCCAACAAGACAAGAACAAAAGCCCGUCUCAGAAGCCAGUUAGUGGGCAAGAAACGCAGGGAAAAUGCUCCUGGCUGUCGGUGCCCAAACCUCAGGAUUCAUCCCAAGGAGUCAGACGCUCCAGCUCCAUGGACUCCACCAGACAUCUCCACGGGAAAGAGGAGGGGAAGAAGGAGAUUCAGUUUACCCUCAGUCUCACCCCUGAAGCCAUUCUUGUCAUCCAAAAACGGAAUCUAGAGAAGCAGAUGAUGGCAAAGCAGCAGAAGUGCUGCGCCUCCGCCGACUUCAGACAUAGGCGAGUUUUUCCAUCCAAGAAGACGCACGGAGGCUCCAAAGGCUGCGCUCCUAACGGGAAAGGAGAGAGCGCAGAGCAGGACAUCACCGCCAUCGUGAAAAUAUCUCUGCUAAAUGAUCAGUACAAGUACGAUGAUGUGGAGUACGAGGAAGAGGACGGAGACGUGGAUGAGACUGUUGUAAGGAAAUGCAAAGAGUGGCUGAAAGGGGUGGAAAACGCCGCUGCUUUGGGAAAAGUCGACAAACUUUCCACACUUCCGCACCUUAAAGGCUGCUGACACCUGACUUUUGGUUUUUCAUUUUGAAAACUUAGGCUGAUGGACUCGUGAAGCGUGUGCCAUGCUGCAAUGGCAUCUUAAAUUCAAGACUUGUGAUAUGAACGUUUGCAAAUGAGGAGAGGAAAUCCACUCCUCUCCAGAGGAAUGUCAGCCUGGUUGGGGAUCAUUAUAAAAGAUGUCACUACGUUAGAAAUGUCACGUAUUUAUGAAAAUGGACAGAAAUGGGUGAAUCGCAUUGGGAUAAGAGGAAAUUCGACAUUCACUUCCUCAACAAAAGUACAGUUUUAAAACUUAGCCUGCGACCCAUGCAGCAGGGAUGAUUUUGUUUCGCAGGAACGUUGCUUCACGAGUUUAAUGCCUAUUCAAUGCUUUUUUUAAAGUUACAGUUAAAUACCUUAAUAUUCUCGUCCUUUGCACAUGUUUUUUGGUUUUCAGCGGGGCGCUUGUGGAUUGGCAGAGAGGUUUGCGUAAAGGGACGCCAAACCGUUCCUUUGUGCUGGAGAACAAUAAACUGUUAACAACAGGGCUCCAUAUUCACCUGCUGCUGAAAACCAAACUGGAACGUUUAUUUUUCCUCUAAUCAGAGGGUUAUAUCCUUUGUAGGAAUUUAUCAUUGAUGUACAGUAUUUUAAUAUUUACAAAAUAUUUGUACUGUCAAUUUUUUUUUCUCAGCUGUUGAUUUUAAGCCAUUUUAAGUCAAAUGUCUUUUUUUUUGAAAAAUUAUGUAAUUGUCACUGGUCCCUUUGAAUCUUUUAAAAUGUGAUUUGUGUUGUGCCUCUCUAAUGAUUCUGUUACAUGAUGCUGAUUUGCAGUCAUUUAGAUUUCUUUCACACUUCUGGCCAGUUCCCAGACAGCAUUUUAAAGGCUUCUUUGUUGCCACUGUAGCUACCUGGGGCCAUUUGGGCAUUAGUGUUCUAAGCUUCUUAGAUUUCCUGUUAAGCAGGGUUGACCAGAGUACUGUAGGGCCCAGGUGCACAAUCCCUUCAGGAAAUUACCUCCAGUCUGCUUUACUUUGCCACAUCAAACUAAGCAAUGCGACUAUACAAGAUAAAUAGUGUUGGCACCGCGAUCUGGAAGAUAAUUUCACCCCCAAGUGCCAGAUUUGUAUGACUUGCUGCAAAUGUGUUCACAGUUUGCGAGCUUAACCCUGACAUUUCCAUGAUCUUUUUAUCCUGAAAGUGUUCUGCUCAGGGAGAAAGAGCUGUUUCGGAAAAAGGCCAAGGUUGAAUAUGACUGUUUUCAGCAAAAAUAAACUCAAAAUAUAAUAAACCAAACACGAGAGUAAAGUGAGAAUUUAAUCCAUGUAAUGACUUUUUGGCUUCUUUGUUGAUUCACUCCACCACAUUUUAUUGUACUGGUCAAUAAAUGAAACCACAUGCAGGCCUCGGACACAAAUUUAGCUUCUAUGCAUUGUCACAAACCUAUUUUAAAUAUGUUUGUGUGUUCAAUGAGGAGGUUCUUUGCAGUGAGGUUUAACUUUCUGCAUUGUUCUGUAACUUGGUAACCACAGUUUUUCCAUAGUGUCUGUUAGAUUGCAUAAAUUGAAAAUAUCAUAGCGUAUAUGAAGGGCUCAAACACCAACAACUGGUAAGAUAUAUUUUUUAAAAAGUACCUCUACUUGUCUCCUCAGGUCAUAUUGUUGUUUUUCUUUUCUGCAUUAACAGAUUUUUUUUUCUUGUGAGUGACCUGCCUGUUUUCACUAAAGGUUACCUUGAUGGUGGAUUUUUGUCAUGAACCUUGAGUGCAAAUAUCUGCACCAGUCAAGUACUCUUCGCUAUGUUUUGGAUACACACUUGUUACCCGUCUGUGCCAGCAAGGUAUUUUAAACAACACACACAUCAGCAGUGAGAGUUUCCCCAUUUUGUUCUACUGGUAAAUUACAUUUUUGUCAGGAAUGGAUAAACAUUGGAGUAUUUCGUCUGGUGUCAAAUAUGUGUCCGACUUUGUAAAUAUUGUACUACAGUACAUGACGUUACACAUUUUCUCAUUCAUGUCAUGUGAUUUAACAAACAAGCUGCUGCAAUAAAGCAUCUUGUCCUGAA